UGUAGGGAUCCAAAUGAACCUUUCGCCCUUUUGUUUUCUUCUCUUCAUCUUGUUCUCCCUUCUUCCAACUCCAACUUAACUAUAACUAACCCUUUAAUGGCACCCACGAUCUUCCAAGUCAACCCUCUCAAUACAUCUCUUUUUAUUAACAAUUUUUUUGCUUGCAAUUAUGAUUAUCAACUCUCCUUUAUUUUUCUUCUUCUUCUUCUCGCCGCUCGAACAAUUAUGAAAUUUGAAGACUAUCUAAUGCAACAAAGUGAUCAUGAAAAGCAGAAAAGACUUGAUCUUCAAGAAGAGGUUGGGAAAUUGAAAGGAAAAUUAAAAGAUGAAGAAGCUAUAAAUAAGGUUUUGCAUUCUGCACUUCAUGGUCCAGUUUCUGCUCAUCCAUGCCUUACCUCUUUGCUUCCACCGCAAGUUCAAUGUUUGCUUUCAGAACUAUCAACGGUGGAGGAUGAAAUCAUAUGGCUAGAGAGAAAAGUUGAUGAACUGAAACUGAGCUUAUACCAUGAAAGAAAACAGACUGAGAAAUGGAAGCCACAAAAGAAACAUCACAGAAAACUGAGGCACUUGCCUCCCAUAAAACCCGAAAACCCGUCGGGGUCGGGCGCCUUCGACGACGAUUUAAAUCGGCAGCUAUCGAGAUCACAACAUCAUAAUCAUUCCAGAAAGGAGAAAAUGAAACUCAGAAGAGCUUCUUUUGGUUCUGCUGAUGAAUUGUGGGGUUUGAUUUCCACAAAUUCUACUCAUGAAGAAAAAUCGAGAAGACGAAGAAUGCGAAAGGAACCGAAUGAAUUAUCAGAAGAAUUAAUCAAAUGCUUAAUAAGCAUAUAUCUUGAUUUAAAUCAGUUACCGCAGAGUAAUAAACAAGAAUCAGCCGUGGUUCCGAAGCUUAGCUUAUCCUGCAUGAAUUCGAAAGGCUCAAAAAACUCAUUCAAUUGUAAAGCUUCAAUGUUCCAAUUCAAUGACAACAUGUCAAAUAUUGAUCCUUAUGGCAUUAUGCCAGAUUUCGACAGCACAACCCGAGACAUUGGACCGUACAAGGACUUCAUCCAGAUUACACGAAACUCGAUAGACUUCAGUCGGUUUUCAGAGCAGACCGGAAAAUUAAGGGCUUUGAUGCAUACAUUAGGUAAGGUUGAUUUGACAAUCUUGACCUACAAGCAGAAGUUAGCAUUUUGGAUAAAUAUAUACAAUGCCUGCAUAAUGCAUGCAUUUCUAGAACACGGCCUACCUUCCUCGCACGACGAACUGUUGGCAAUUAUGAACAAGGGUGUACUGAAUGUCGGCGGGAUAGUACUGAAUGCUUUAGCUAUCGAGCAUUUCAUUCUACGGUAUCCAUGCGAAACAAAGCAAGGUCCUCCGGAUGAGAAAGAAAUGCUACUUCGGAAUGCUUAUGGUUUAGGGUACCCCGAACCGAACGUCACAUUUGCUCUUUGCCGGGGCACUUGGUCAUCCCCAGCGUUAAGAGUGUAUACCCCAGAAGAGGUGGUGAAUGAAUUAGAGAAAGCAAAAGUGGAGUAUUUAGAAGCUUCAGUUGGGAUUACUAGCAAGAAAAAGAUUGUGAUUCCUAAGAUUUUGAAAUGGCACAUGAAAGAUUUUGCAGAUGACAUGGACUCACUGUUAGAAUGGAUAUAUAGCCAACUACCGCGGUCUGGAUCCCUGAAGAGAUUGAUGAUGGAGUGUCUGAUGGGAGAAACGAAAUCUAUUUCGACAAAAAUUGAACAAAUUCAACCUUACGGAUCCCAGUUCCGCUACCUGUUGCCCUUGUAAAGAGAAAAAAUCGAGCCCGAGAUGAAACAGGAAAAGAUCAGAAAUUCAAAACAAGAACUGUCAAGACUCAAAGUAUAAGUUGUAUCAUGUUUGGUAUCUCAAAAACAGCACGGAAUAUAGGUUCUAUUACACGAAAGGCUAAUGUAUAUGUUCAAGAAAAUUUGAGGUGCAUUAUGUCAAGAGAUUAAGAAUUGAGCAAUAAACCGAGUUGAAGAAGAAAACUCCUCCUUAGGUAGAUAUAAUAAGAAAAUACUAUAGUCCAUCACAUAAACUCUCAAUUUAACCAAUCUCAACAUUGUACUAUAACUUAUCAUUUGAAUGUUUUGAACAAAAUAAAUAAUUUAGUUACUGUUUGCGUGGAAA